AUGGAUGUCUCGCUCUGCCCAGCCAAGUGCAGCUUCUGGCGGAUGCUUCUGCUGGGCAGCGUCUGGCUGGACUACGUGGGCUCGGCGCUGGCCUGCCCGGCCAACUGCGCCUGCAGCCGGACCGAGAUCAAUUGCCGGCGGCCGGACGACGGGAGUCUCUUCCCGCUGCUGGAGGGGCAGGAUUCGGGGAGCAGCAACGGGAACGCCAGCGCCAACAUCACCGACAUCUCCAGGAACAUCACCUCCAUACACAUCGAGAACUGGCCCAGCCUGCACACGCUCAACGCCGUGGACAUGGAGCUCUACACCGGACUGCAGAAGCUGACUAUCCGGAACUCGGGCCUGCGGAGCAUCCAGCCCAGAGCCUUCGCCAAGAACCCUCACCUGCGCUACAUAAACCUGUCAAGUAACCGGCUCACCACCCUCUCCUGGCAGCUCUUCCAGACGCUGAGUCUCCGGGAACUGAGGCUGGAGCAGAACUUCUUCAACUGCAGCUGUGACAUCCGCUGGAUGCAACUGUGGCAGGAGCAGGGCGAGGCUCGGCUCAACAGCCAGGACCUGUACUGCGUGGGUGCCGACGGCACGCAGCUGCCGCUGUUCCGCAUGAACAUCAGCCAGUGUGACCUUCCUGAGAUCAGCGUGAGCCACGUCAACCUGACGGUCCGGGAGGGGGACAAUGCUGUCGUGACCUGCAACGGCUCUGGAUCGCCCCUGCCUGACGUGGACUGGAUCGUCACCGGCCUGCAGUCCAUCAACACCCACCAGACAAACCUGAACUGGACCAAUGUGCACGCCAUUAACUUGACGCUGGUGAACGUGACCAGCGAGGACAAUGGCUUCACGCUGACCUGCAUCGCCGAGAAUGUGGUGGGCAUGAGCAACGCCAGCGUCGCCCUCUCUGUGCACUACCCCCCGCGUGUGGUGAGCCUGGAGGAGCCCGAGCUGCGCCUGGAGCACUGCAUCGAGUUCGUGGUGCGCGGCAACCCCCCACCCACGCUGCACUGGCUGCACAAUGGGCAGCCGCUGCGCGAGUCCAAGAUCAUCCACGUGGACUACUACCAGGAGGGCGAGGUCUCCGAGGGCUGCCUGCUCUUCAACAAGCCCACGCACUACAACAACGGCAACUACACGCUCAUCGCCAAGAACCUGCUGGGCACCGCGAACCAGACCAUCAGCGGCCACUUCCUCAAGGAGCCCUUCCCAGAGAGCACAGAUAUCUUUGACUUAGUUGCUGCCGACGUGAGCCCCACGCCUCCCAUCACUGUGACCCACAAGCCAGAGGAAGACACUUUUGGGGUGUCCAUCGCCGUGGGACUGGCUGCCUUUGCCUGCGUCCUGCUGGUCGUUCUCUUUGUCAUGAUCAACAAGUACGGGCGGAGGUCCAAGUUUGGAAUGAAAGGUCCCGUGGCUGUCAUCAGCGGCGAGGAGGACUCGGCCAGCCCCCUGCACCACAUCAACCAUGGCCUCACCACCCCCUCGGCGCUGGACGCGGGGCCCGACACCGUGGUCAUCGGCAUGGCCCGCAUCCCCGUCAUCGAGAACCCUCAGUACUUCCGCCAGGGCCACAGCUGCCACAAGCCAGACACGUACGUCCAGCACAUCAAGAGGAGAGACAUCGUGCUGAAGCGGGAGCUGGGCGAGGGGGCCUUUGGCAAGGUCUUCCUGGCCGAGUGCUACAACCUCAGCCCCACCAAGGACAAGAUGCUCGUGGCCGUGAAGGCGCUGAAGGACCCCACCCUGGCGGCGCGGAAGGACUUCCAGCGGGAGGCGGAGCUGCUCACCAACCUGCAGCACGAGCACAUCGUCAAGUUCUACGGCGUCUGCGGGGACGGCGACCCCCUCAUCAUGGUCUUCGAGUACAUGAAGCACGGCGACCUGAACAAGUUCCUCAGGGCCCAUGGGCCGGACGCGAUGAUCCUGGUGGACGGGCAGCCGCGCCAGGCCAAGGGUGAGCUGGGGCUCUCGCAGAUGCUGCACAUCGCCAGUCAGAUCGCCUCGGGCAUGGUGUACCUGGCCUCCCAGCACUUCGUGCACCGGGACCUGGCCACCAGGAACUGCCUGGUCGGCGCCAACCUGCUGGUGAAGAUCGGCGACUUCGGCAUGUCCCGGGACGUGUACAGCACAGAUUACUACAGGCUCUUUAAUCCAUCGGGAAAUGAUUUUUGUAUAUGGUGUGAGGUGGGGGGACACACCAUGCUCCCCAUCCGCUGGAUGCCCCCCGAGAGCAUCAUGUACCGCAAGUUCACGACCGAGAGCGAUGUGUGGAGCUUCGGGGUCAUCCUCUGGGAGAUCUUCACCUAUGGGAAGCAGCCAUGGUUCCAGCUCUCCAACACGGAGGUCAUUGAGUGUAUCACGCAAGGCCGUGUGCUGGAGCGGCCGCGCGUCUGCCCCAAGGAGGUGUACGACGUGAUGCUGGGGUGCUGGCAGCGGGAGCCUCAGCAGCGGCUGAACGUCAAAGAGAUCUACAAGAUCCUGCACGCGCUGGGCAAGGCCACCCCCAUCUACCUGGACAUCCUGGGCUAG